GCGUUGAGUUGUGUUGUGUUGACACACAUUGACUGACAAGUGACUGACUAUUCAUUUGAUGGCACUCUUGAGCGCUCACCUCAUCUGAUCCCAAGACCUAGACUACAGUGAACGCAAACAUGUCUUCUUCGGGUGAUUUCGGUAAUCCGUUGCGAAAAUUCAAAUUAGUAUUUCUUGGGGAACAAAGUGUGGGAAAGACAUCAUUGAUCACCCGAUUCAUGUACGACACGUUUGACAACACAUAUCAGGCGACCAUCGGAAUCGACUUCUUGUCCAAAACCAUGUACUUAGAGGACAGAACAGUGCGCUUACAGUUAUGGGACACUGCAGGUCAGGAGCGGUUUCGUAGUCUUAUUCCUAGUUAUAUAAGAGAUUCAACGGUUGCUGUCGUUGUCUACGACAUUACAAACGCCAAUUCCUUCCAUCAGACGUCUAAAUGGAUAGACGACGUGCGGACAGAGAGAGGCAAUGAUGUGAUCAUAAUGUUGGUCGGAAACAAGACUGAUCUUCAGGACAAGCGUCAGGUGACCACAGAGGAGGGCGAGAAGAAAGCCAAAGAACUGAACGUAAUGUUCAUCGAAACGAGUGCUAAAUCAGGAUAUAAUGUUAAACAAUUGUUUCGAAGAGUGGCGGCAGCGCUGCCGGGAAUGGAGACGAACGAGAGGGCAGGGAAAGAGGACAGUAUCCUUUUCUAUACAUUUCAUUCAUUUAUUUAGACUUUUAACAAGUUUUUGCUUAAACCAGAGGCAGUUGUAAGUAAUGCCUUUGAAGGUAUCGACACAUUGAAAAGUUAUUUGAACGCCUGCACCGUUAUGUUUGCUAUGAAUUGGUUAUGUGUGUUAUGAUCCUUAACCCGCACUCUCUCUGUCUGUUGUAGUCGUUGAAGUUGACCUAAAGGACGGCCCCUCAGAGCAGACCAGCCAAGAGGGCAAAUGCUUUUGUUAAGACUGUUGUCCUGAAUCACAAUCUAUUAGUU